AUGAAUUCCUCACUAAAAGAAUGGGAUAAACCCCGAUUCGACGCCUAUGCCAAACUUCUCCGACUCAAAAACGACGGGCAGGUCGAAGAAGCCUCGGACUUUACGGAGAUAGCCGACCUUCCCGAUGAGGAUAGCGCCGACUCCGUCCACGCGAACACGCUCUCAUCCUUCGACGAGGAGAAACUGAAACGCGCCUUCCUCGACCGACUCUCCGAGCUGGUUGCCAACGAGAAGGGAGGCCACCAUGUCUCGUCGUGUUUGCUGAUCGAGUGGCCCGACAGAGCUGAGGUGCUCGUGGCCAGAAACAAACGCUUCAGGGAUUCAGAUCCGGUCGCGCAACUGCUGGAGAGCAUCGCGUUGAGCCUACGCAAUAUCGCCGAACGCAACUCCCAAGACUCCAUAGCCGUCGAUGUCGCGCACAAUCUGUGGAUCUCGUUGAUAGAGUCGUACCGGCCCCGGAUCACCGCCUACGUCGUUGAGGCCAGACAAGCGUUCAAACAGACAGUCCUACACGCCCAUGCUGAGACAGAUUCUGGUCUUGUUUCUCGCCUCGAGGAUUUCAAAGCCCUGAUAAACGACGUGCCCCGCGUCUCGACCCAGAACGGUCUGGAGGAAGCAGUGCAGAACGCCCAUGAGAUCUGUCAUAUAUACAAAGGCGAAGAAUUCGAGCGUGUCACUGGCAAUGCUUCCCAUGCGAGAUCUUCGCGAAACACGCUCGGGUUCCUCGGCAGGCUGGAGACGGGCUUCAAGACGUUGAUCCGAGUCACUGGUCAGUUGAGAAGACUUUUUUCGUCUCUCGGACUUAGUCUUGACGACCAGACCGUGGAUUCUAUCUUCGGGAAUGGGAAGAGGAAGAAAGAGCAAUGGACAAAACACAGACUGAUGCAACGGUUCGACAAGUUGAAAUCGCCCGUGUCGCAGGUCCACGCAGAGGUCCAGCUCGUCUUGGCUGCCUCACGGCACGACAGUCCAGGCGCGUCCAUCUUCCGCUAUCUGGGCUGCAGCAAACGAAGCUGUUUUCUCUGCUCGAGGUUCGUGCGGCGGUAUGGCCAGUUCACCACCAGAGGGUGCCACAGCAAGGUCUACGAUCUCUGGACGCUGCCUGACCCUAUCCCGCGCCUUUUCAAGGGAGAAGUUUGGCGUCUUGUUCAGAUUCUACAAGAGGUCGAGACUGACAUGAAAAACGCCAUCCACGGCAGAAAGACUGGCAAGAGAAUUGCCCCUGUCAAGGAGUCUACCUUGGGGGGCUCCUCGCUUGCGACUAUCACACAGCCACAAUUGGAUAAUCCGUUCACCCAGUCGCUCGUCUCGCAGGAGAAAGACGUCGAGCAACGGAUGGAAUGCUUCGUCUGUGACCAAAAAACCACUCGCCACUGUGCGCAUUGCAACCGGGACUGGUUCUGUAGUCAGAGCUGUCAAGACCAGAUGUCCUUAAAUCACCUCACCAAAUGCUCUGCCCGCCCCAUAACCACCGCCGACAUUCUCUAUGCCGACGUGAUAGCAGACGAGAUCCCCAAGGACGGCCAGACCAGGGAAGACUUUGGGUUCGCCCAAUCACAUCUUCUAGGCCUGUAUGGUGGUCUUCUACUGUACGUGGAUCGUUCCGAUAUCAGCCCGGUGACACUACAUAGAUGGCAACAAGAAGGACUGCUGGCGAGCCGUAUUAUUGAGAUUUUUCACACUAUUCCUGAAGGCAGCAGGGGUGCUUAUUUUCCCUGGUUCUUGCAAAACCAGCAUCUUCUUGACACCUCUACAUCCGCACGUCAGACUCGCCACGACCAGAAUAGUAACCCCAUUCUGCGCGCUUUGAAUGCUGCCAGAUCCUACCUUGAGCCGGAAGACCGCGAUAAAGAUCCCUCCAAGCUCGAGCCAAAGGAGAAACGGUACUCUUUUAUUUUCUAUGCGCUGGCUCUGGAUGGCUCUCACCCCAACCCGCAGUGGCCAGAGCUGGAUCUGUGGUAUGAUUUCGGCCUUGUGGUAUGCGCCGACGAACACCACGAGAGCAGCCUCGGAGGUCUCUACGCCCGGCUUGUUGGUGGUAAUAAGUUUUUAACGGACUACGACGCCAGUCUAGGAGUGACGUCUUCCAGCAAUGUUUCCAGUUCGCCCACCUGCUCCUUUGGUGAGUUCUGGCGUGCCUGGAGGGACGGCAAGAUAGCACAGCUCUUCGACAAGUAUGGGUUGGGCGAUGAAUUAAACCUGUCGUUCAGACUGUUCAUGUCUUUCCCUGUGCAGAAUCACAGACAGCGGCCGUCGGUAUGGAGACUAAUGCAUUUUCUGGCUUUGGAGGAAAACACAAUAUUAACAAGGUUACCCCAAAUCGAAAUUGCUAUUCGGGAGUAUGGCUUCACUCCGCAGCUGGACGCAAGGACUAGGAUGGAUCUACGCCAGUUCUACCGACGCUUGUUGACAGUCGGUAAUCCAUUCGAGCUUCAUAGGGCAAAGGCGUGGGGGGAAUUACUUCAGUAUGCAGAGGAUUUAUGUGGGGAUAUAAAUAAUAGAGUAGGGUUAGUAUUAUUAAGUAUAGAUAGGGAGUUUAUCACUAAUUAG